AUGGGUUCCCUUCCUUCACCCCAACCAACAACACCACCACCGUCGCCGGAAUUUUUUCCAUCUAGCUAUAGGGUAUAUGCCUCAUUUUGCGACAAGAGGGUUUCCAAUUGGAUAGAAUGUUACAAUCCAUCAAAUAACACAUGGAGCUACGUUAGCUCAAUUCCUAACCUAAUAGAAAACCAUGUCUUGAAAGGUUUUGCAAUGGUUACAGUAGGUGAUUCAAUUUACAUAAUUGGUGGAUUGCUAUGUCGAAGGGUGCGACAACCUAACAACUUCGACGAGUCCGACGAAUUUAUGGACGAUGGUGUUGAGGUGCUACCAUCGGCUCUUCGCUACAAUGUUCCUUCCAACCAAUGGUCUCAAUGUGCACCCUUAGGCGUGCCACGCUACGACUUUGCUUGUGCUGUAUGUGAAAAUAAAAUUUAUGUGGCAGGAGGCAAGUCUAGCUUGGCCAGUAGAAGAGGGAUUUGUUGCGCCGAGGUAUAUGAUCCAACUCUUAAUGUGUGGAGUCCUCUGCCUAGUAUGAGCACAUUCAGGUACAAAUGUGUAGGCGUAACAUGGCGAGGUAAAAUCCAUGUGGUAGGGGGUUUUGCCAUGAGAGGGGACUCCGAUAAAACGGUGCCGUUUAUAACUGAAAGGAGCUCCGCCGAAGUGUACGAUCCGAUAACCGGAAAAUGGGACCUAAUGGCAGGAAUGUGGCAAUUAGACGUGCCUCCUAAUCAGAUUGUAGAAGUUGAUGGAAGACUGUUUAGCUCUGGUGAUUGCUUAAUGGCAUGGAAAGGUCACAUUGAAGCUUAUGAUGGGAAGCUCAAUAUAUGGAAUGUUGUUGAUGGAUCACAUUUGCAGACUCUUAACUCCCCAAUUUCCACUGCUUCAGAAGGCAGCAAUGAAAAUUGGCCACCAAUCCAACGGAUAUAUCUCACUAUGGCACCAAUUGGGACUCAAUUAUUUUUCUUGGCAGGUUAUAGGAUGACUGGGGAAUUGUCACGGAUAAAGUCAAUGGUCCUUAAUUUUGACACUACAGCUACUACACAUGCAUGGAGGAGCUAUGAGCCCAUGGAAGAAGAGGGAGUGAAAGAACUUUGCAGCCAUUGUUGCGCAGUUAGAGUUUCUGAAGCAAUCUAG